GGAUAAGGAAUUUGACAUGUAGUAUUCUCUAAGGGGGGGGGGGGAUUUUGACAGAGCACUUUGUCCCAGGAGUAGGCACUUUGAAAUACAUAUUGCCAGCAACAGGAAUUUUGACUAAAUUUGGCAAAUGUAGACAAAUUGACUGAACUAGGUUGUUCCCAGGUAGUAGAAGAUAGAUAGGCAGAUGAGAUACAGGAAGGAAAACACAUAAAAGAUAAGUCCAGAAGGAAACCCAUUCUAGUAUGGAAAUGAAAAUGAUGACAAUAUGUUUGAUUAUGACAGUAUUUGUGUCAUGUCUGGAUUUGGCAUAUGGUGGCUUCGAUCUCAAUUUGUUUAACAGUCGGGGAAGACUUAACCAAAAGGGAAAAAAUAUAAUUGAUGAAGACUACGCAGGAUGUCCAAGAAGAGCCGACAGCAGGUACCACAUAUCUGAGUUGUAUGAGGAUGAGAAUUCUGAGGAUUGUACGACAUUCAUCAACUGCGGUUUGGGGAGAAAGGUACAGCAAUGUCACUGCUAUAAAUAUGACGUCGAUGGCACGUGUAGAACCCGUAUGAGAUUCAAGCCACAGCUUCACAUUUGCGUAACCCCAGGUCUCGUGAAGUGUAACCAUAAUGAGAAAAAAGAAUCUGAUGAACAGGAAGUAGAAUCUGAUGAGCAGUGACAUCUUUUAUCAAGACAGGAACUUCUGAUCAAUAAGACAACAGAAUUAAAAUUAUGGACUUUAUCCCUUGGAUUUAGAUUGUUCAAUCUUUUGUCAAAUAAUUAAAAAUUAAGAAGAAAUUAGCUGC